CUCGCAUCAACAACAUGCAAACAGUAAGGUUUAAAAAAUAACUUGUCUCUUGGAGUGAAAGUUCAAUCUCAUCUCACUCCAUCCAAAAGUAUGAAAAUUCCACCAAAAUCACAACCGGCUUAUUCACAGCCUUCACAUACAUUUAAAUAAUAAUUUUUCGUACCAUACCCAAACUUAUUAAGCAAUUGCAAAAUUAUAAGCAAUUAAUCAUUUUCAUUUAGCUGUACACUUCCGUAGAACUGAAGCCAAUGGCCCCUAAGGAAAUCCCUCGUGGUCCCUUGCUCACGACAUUUAAAAAUCUGGUAAACAAAAUUAUACGAGUAUAUCUAUCCGUACAGCCUAAAGAUACAGUUUCGAAAAAAAAAGAGUUCAAGUACAUUACCGAACUAGUCUUCUUUAUCCAAUCACAAGAUGUCAACAUUGUCAACAGAUGUUUAAAACACAUGGAGCAAGUGAUGAAGACAAAUGACAAAUAUUGGGUCGCGUUCUGUUGGGCUUAUUCGGUUAUUAUUAAUCAAGGGUCAAAGAAAAGCACUCCUUUUUUAAAACAACUCUAUAAAUUCUGUGUCGAACAUCAGGCCGAGUCGCUGCUCGACCUCCACAAAAUCAUGGUUAUGAUGGACUGCACUAAAAGAUUUGGUCCACUCGACCAAGAACAACUAAUGAUACCGGUAGAUAUAGGAUCAUCCCGAGAAGUGAGAUAUUGCACCAUGGAACAAAUUAUCACUACAAGAGCCCAAUUAUUCUCGGCAGAAAUCAAAACUUUGCACGACAUUGCCCCAGCCGCGUUUGGAAAUAAACCUGUUGAUUACUACGAAAACAUUCAGGAUAUAGACAUUAGAAAAAAAUUUGAUUUCCGUGAGUUCCACAAACUAAAGAACAAGCUGAGGACAUAUAUUCAGUCUGGUGGUAGUCUCAUGAUGGUGCCCAGCCUAAUCAGAGAAAUGGUGGAUAUUAGUCAUGAUAAUGCUCUAAAAGCCAAUUGGACGAUUAUCACAAUUCUGAACCAUCUUAAUCAGGAGUACCGCACACAGCCUUACAGUGUUGUGGAAGCGUUAUCCUUUCUCUGGGUAUACGUCGGGAUUUUGCUGAGAAGAAAAAAAGUGACAGGGGACAAUUUAGUGCUCACGGCAGGCGAGAACAAGAUGUUUGCCAAUUUGUUCGAGGCAGCCGUGCGCACAGACAUUGACAAGAAUAUGAAUCACAUUCUAAACCUUUGGAGCGUGAUAUGCACAUUGCACAACCCAUCCUCCAGUAGUACCUCUGGAGAGCAAGGGCCAUUCUAUCGAACACAUAUCCUAAUCAGGACUUGCUCCUCAAAAAGCUCAUUUAUGAUCCAAAUGUAUUCUUCAUAGAAUUGUCAAGCAGAGAAAUUCAUGAUCCAAUGAUAACCGACUCUGUUACCGAUCCGUACGGUAAAACGAAAUUGAAAAUUCAAAAGAAACGAAAACGUGACCAAGAAUCAGACAAGUCAUGUCAACUGGUAACAAAUUGUACUGCCAUUCAGACCCCUACCAGUUCAUCCAUUUCUAAGAAAAAGAAAAUUAAAACUGAGAAGCAAUCCCAACAUGAUGACGCCGCAACAAAUCCGCCAAUUAAAGAAGAAAGACAAGAGAAAUAUUUCACCCCACCAGCAAAUGAAGAAAAUGACGCCACUAUGCCAAACAUUCCGACUUCGGAUGAUCCCUUGUUCAUCACCGAUCCCAAUGUCGUGAUAAGAAUGAACCCCACCCUAUUUCCCUCCUACGACACACUUGGUUGGUCUGCCAGAAUGCUUCUUCCCUCCAAGAGGACGAAGAAACCCAGAACAAGUGAAGAUGUUCCGCUCCCCGUUAAUUCCCAUGCUCCAAUAAUCCCACCAAAUUGUUACGAAACAAUUCUUCCUAUUGAUUUUACACCGGAUGAGUACACCGAACAGAUGCUUGCUGAUAAUUAUUAUGCUCAAGGGGUCAAACUUGUAGAUGGGAGUCAUCGCGUCGUUUUCUAUCAUAAACUGAAGAGUGAAUACUUGAUGUGAUAUAAUAUUUAUUUAUUUACUUAUUCAUCUUAAUUGUGCAAAUUAAUUCCGCUCAACCAAUUUAGUCAUAGUACCGUAAUGAAGGUAGCCGAGAAUCCGCUGCACAAAUAUUUAGUUAGAUAAAUAUACUGUGAUAUAUUUACAUAGAUAUGUACAUAUUUUGAUCAUAAACGAAUCCAUAGACGAACCGUUGUAACUCGAAAGAAUAUACGCAACAUACGUAAAUAAAUGUUUUUUAAAUAA